UGACACACUAGUGGUACUAGCGGUGCCUUCCAAGUUGGCUGUGGGAAAGUAUAAGGAAACGAUUGCUCAUUCAGCAUUUGACUCGAUACUCAAACCAUCCCCUCCUCCUGCGUCAUUUUGGAGGUCCAGGUUUUCCUGUACACCUAGCCAAGCUACUGCUGCAAAAGUUAGCAGUACCCCAA